AUGGCCGCCGCGACGCCCGCGUGGCUGCCGCUCGAGAGCAACCCGGACGUGCUCAACCCGUUCCUGCGCAAGCUCGGCUGCCCGACGGACUGGAGCUUCUGCGACGUCUUCGGCAUGGACCCCGAGCUCCUGAUGAUGGUGCCGCGGCCCUGCGUGGCGCUGUGCCUGCUCUUCCCCUGCGACAAGAUCAGCACGCCGCGGCGCGCGGAGCUCCGCGCCAAGCGCGGCGCGCCGCUGGACUCGGAGGCGGGCCUCUUCUUCACGCAGCAGCUCGACGGCUGCGGCAACGCGUGCGGCACCAUCGCGUGCAUGCACGCGCUCGGCAACGCGGCCGCGGCGGGCGCGUUCGCGCUCGACGACGGGUCGCUCCUGGGCCGCUUCGUCGCCGAGACGGCGGGCUCGAGCGCGCCGGACCGCGGCGCGGCGCUCGUCGCGGCGUCCUACAUGCACGAGGCGUCGAACGCGACGGCGUGCGCGGGCGCGACCGAGGGCGCGGGCACGGAGGACCACGGCAACCGCCACUUCAUCUGCUUCGUCGAGCACGGCGGCCGCCUCUUCGAGCUCGACGGCCGCACGCUCGACGGCGCCGGACGCGCGUUCCCCGUGGACCACGGGCCGACGACGCCGGAGUCGCUCGUCGAGGACGCGGCGAAGGUCAUCCGCGACGACUUCAUGGCCCGCGACCCCGAGAGCCUCGACUUCAACGUCGUCGCGCUCUGCAAGGGCGACUAG